UGCAUUGCAUUCCUCUCUCCCUCUCCCCUCCUGCAGUCUGGGCUAUCCGCGUCUCCGCCUGGGAAGGACGGGAAGUUUUAUUUGCAGCACACAGCCUGUGGCGAAUGGUGGGAAUCUCCGGCCCUUUGCAGUAAAAGAUUGAUCUCUGGGCUGGUGAACAUAAUAUCUGUCCCAGUCAGAAAAGGAGAGGAAAUUAGCAGAGCGGUUGGUGGAGAAUGAUAUCUGUCAAAAGAAACACUUGGAGAGCACUGAGUUUAGUAAUAGGUGACUGCCGGAAAAAAGGGAACUUUGAAUUUUAUCAAGAUCGCAGUGAGAAGCAUUCCACAAUGCCAGACUCACCUGUCGAUGUGAAGACACAAUCCCGACUGACGCCUCCGACAAUGCCACCUCCUCCAACGACCCAAGGAGCGCCAAGAAGCAGUUCAUUCACACCCACAACAUUAACUAAUGGCACAAGCCAUUCACCCACAGCUUUGAAUGGAGCGCCAUCUCCACCCAAUGGCUUUAGCAAUGGGCCUUCCUCUUCUUCCUCUUCCUCUCUGGCUAAUCAGCAGUUACCACCAGCCUGUGGAGCAAGGCAACUCAGCAAAUUGAAGAGAUUUCUUACUACCUUGCAGCAGUUCGGCAAUGACAUUUCACCAGAAAUAGGGGAAAGAGUACGCACUCUUGUACUAGGAUUGGUGAACUCUACUUUGACAAUUGAAGAAUUUCAUUCCAAACUGCAAGAAGCUACUAACUUCCCACUGCGACCUUUUGUCAUCCCAUUUUUGAAGGCCAACCUCCCCCUUCUACAACGGGAGCUUCUGCACUGCGCAAGACUGGCCAAACAGAACCCUGCCCAGUACCUCGCUCAACACGAACAGCUGCUCCUGGAUGCCAACACCACCUCACCUGUUGAUUCCUCAGAGCUGCUUCUCGAUGUGAAUGAAAAUGGGAAGAGGCGAACUCCAGACAGAACCAAAGAAAAUGGCUUUGACAGAGAGCCUUUGCACUCAGAGCAUCCAAGCAAGCGGCCAUGCACUAUUAGCCCAGGCCAGCGGUACAGUCCAAAUAAUGGCUUAUCUUACCAGCCCAACGGCCUGCCUCACCCCACCCCACCGCCACCUCAGCAUUAUCGUUUGGAUGAUAUGGCCAUUGCCCACCACUACAGGGACUCCUACCGACACCCCAACCACAGGGACCUCAGGGACAGGAACAGACCUAUGGGGUUGCAUGGCUCACGUCAAGAAGAAAUGAUUGAUCACAGACUAACAGACAGAGAAUGGGCAGAAGAAUGGAAACACCUUGACCAUCUCUUAAACUGUAUUAUGGACAUGGUAGAAAAAACAAGGCGAUCUCUCACUGUGCUACGGCGAUGUCAGGAAGCAGACAGGGAGGAGCUCAAUUACUGGAUCCGUCGAUAUAGUGAUGCGGAAGACUUAAAGAAAGGUGGUGGUGGCAGCAGCAGCAGCAGCAGCCACUCCAGGCAGCAGAGUCCUGUCAAUCCAGAUCCAGUUCCACUAGAAUCACAUCGGGAAUUCCUUCACAGGCCUGCUUCUGGAUAUGUGCCAGAGGAGAUCUGGAAGAAAGCUGAGGAAGCAGUCAAUGAGGUGAAACGUCAAGCUAUGACUGAGUUGCAAAAGGCUGUGUCAGAGGCAGAGCGGAAGGCCCAUGACAUGAUCACUUCAGAAAGAGCAAAGAUGGAGCGAACAGUUGCAGAAGCAAAGAGGCAGGCCGCUGAGGAUGCCCUGGCCGUUAUCAACCAACAGGAAGAUUCAAGUGAGAGUUGCUGGAAUUGUGGCCGUAAAGCAAGUGAAACCUGUAGUGGUUGCAACACAGCAAGAUACUGCGGCUCCUUUUGCCAGCACAAAGACUGGGAGAAGCACCAUCACAUCUGUGGACAGACCCUCCAAGCCCAACAGCAGGGAGAGACACCAGCAGUCAGCUCCUCUGUGACUCCCAACAGUGGGGCAGGGAGCCCUAUUGACACACCACCAGCAGCCACUCCUAGGUCAACUACCCCUGGCACCCCAUCCACCAUAGACACAACUCCUCGUUAAAAAUGAACUCAGAACUGUUAGAGGAAAACCAACAAAACAAACAUGAAACCAAUUCUUCAUCCUCAGAUGCUCAAAGUUGUUGUUGUUUUUCUUUUUUUUAAUACUUCAGCAAAAGAGAACUUACUGUAUCUUGAGGCAGUAGUAAAAACUAAAACUAAAAAACAAAACAAAAAAAAAAAAAACAGAAGGCCAGUAACGGGUCAUAAUGACUUAUUGUGGAUUACAAAGAUAUCUUUUCUUUAGAGAACUGAAAAGAGAACAGAGAAUAUAACACAAAAUGAUAGAUUUGACCUCCUCCCUGUUAUUUUCCAGUAGCUGGGAUUUUAAAACUAGAUGACCUCAUUAACAGAUGCUUUACCAAACAGCAAACCAAGAGAUUGCUAAUUGCUGUUGAAAGCAAAAAUGCUAAUAUUAAAAAAAAGUCACAAUGCUCUUUAUAACAAUAAUGGAAAAAAAAGAGAGAGAGAAAAACCCUCAAGGGCACAAGCAUUGGAUACAGCAGUAGACAUUUUAACAAGAAGAUGAAUGGCGUCCGUGGGUUACUGACUGAACUUUGAAGACCCGCUACAAAACGCGCAGAUGUGCAGCAGAUUGGAAGGAGACACAGAUGUUCAUUUUUUUUCUGUUUCUGAAAAGAAAUAAUAAUAUCCAGGUCAACAGAAUGAAAAAUGAAAGAUGAUUUGAAGUGGGAUGUAUGAAUACAGCAGCAAAGGGAAAAAAAAUGCCAUAACACAAAAGGCUCCUUUUUAAAAAAAAAAAAAUCUAUAUCUUUAUCUAUAUACAUAAAUAAGGGACACAGCCUGCAGCUAAUUAGCAUUCUGGCAGCUUUGACAUCAGCCAGCUGCCCUAAAUAACCCUUCAUCGUUUCUUCACUUUUGCAAGGUUCCACAGAGUAAGACAAUCCGGUCUAUUCCAGCUCAUUCAUUUUAUAUCGGGAAAAAAAAUAAUUUUUAAGAAAAAAAUGGUGGCUUCAGCUCCAGCCCCUUUCCAAAUUUUUUCAACCCCACCCUGUUUGGAUUUUUAAUUACAAAAUAGUAGUUCUCUUGGUGUUAAAACACUUCUGUCCUGUGAGGUUUCCCAAUGGUGUUUUUCUUGUAAAUGUGUUGGACAAAUGUGAAGAUGCAUUGUAGUUUAACCAUAUGCCCACAUUUAGUCUCUUUAUUCCUAGUUGGUGAGAAACCUGUAUCUUUCUAUGCUGCUUUUAUAUCUGUAUGUAUUAGUGAUAUUUCUCUAGUAGUUUAAAAAUAAAAAGACCUUUUUUGGUU